AUGAUCUUUGUCUUGCUGCCCUCCUUGAUAUUGCUUGAGGCUCUCUUUGAGGGAUUCAGUCACAAGAGGACUUUCAAGCAGCACUGCGCGAUGCACAAGAAUUCCUUCACUUUCAAUGGCUUGUUGGACACUAUCAACUUGAUUGAACUGGUUCAGAUUCUCAUCCAGAGUUGGGGGAGGAUUGGCAUUCAAGUCUACACCAUCCAAAGCAAUGUUGGCAUUGAGUUGGUCCUCCUGGAUGACCUGUGGAGCAAUACUAACUUCACUUGGGUCACAUGGCUAUGCAGGCAGAGUGUUGCAGAAAGACACCAGUUCAGGCCUCUGGUGUUUCACAGCCUCCUCACUCACAGAGGUGGUGGAAUAGAAGAAGAACCAUCAGAUGCCCAUAUCCAAGCCAUGGCUUAUGGUUCCACAGCUUCUCAAUUGCUGAACCCUGGAGAGAAUCCAUUCCAGAGGAACUUCGUGACCAGGUUGUCCGUGUUGGCAGGGACCUGCUGCUGCUGCAUCUGUCUGGAUCUCAGAGAGAGAUUGGUGAAUCGUGCUGUCUGGAUCCUCUUGAAGGGGAAGCUGCAUCUCCUUGAGCACUUUGAUGCUGUGCAGCAUUUUUUCUUCCUUCACGAUGAAGGUUAUGCGCGAUCCCUUGCUCUCCACUUCCUUGACUCGAUGGAGAGGGUGGAUGAGACACCACUGUCUACAUAUGAGUGUCACUUGGCACUGUCAUCUGCCAUUGAAUCUUCCUUCCCUGCUCGUCACUCCUAUGCUCAGAGUUUGCAAUUGCGAUUGGUGUCUUCCACAUCAAGCACUCAUCAUCUUCCAACCACAGGUCAAUCAUUCACAUCAUGAAUGAAAGUUGAAGCAAACCUUAUACUCGUAUCAAUCAUGAAGCCUUUUGUAUGCCCAAUGCAAUUAUCAUAUUCAAAUGGAGAUACACCAUAGGAGAAGUUUG